AUGACACAAUUCGUCACGAUAGAGCCCCGGAAGAAGGUCACGAAGGCAUGUGACUAUUGCAAGAAAAGAAAAUAUAAAUGUAGUGGAGUCGCCCCCUGUGAUUUGUGCACCAAAAAGAAAAUUCCUUGUCAGUUUAGCAUAGUUGAUAGAAGAACCACCAAGGGAAAUCAAGCCAGGGACAAGAAUGACAGGCAAAGAAGAGAGUCCAGUAGUUCUACAGUGACGGCCGUGUCGGUAAUGUCUACCAAUACUCCAGCACAACGACAGAAUCUGAAACCGGACAUACCGCUUGAUGACCAGUUGAUUCAGCAUAAUAAACUUAUAGCCACGAAAAUGUCUGGGUAUAUACCCAAGAGUCUACAACCUUUACUUUCAUUCCCUUUGGAAAAAGACAAAGACGGCAGUAGUUUGAGCAGUACCAACGAUGAAGAUGACGAAGAAGAAGAAGAAGAAGACGAGGAAGACGAAGGGUUGUCCAACGACAGUGGGAAAUCAACUCGUCUUUUAUUCGAUACAGCCGGGAACUUACGGUACAUUGGAGAGAGUAGCCCGCUUUCACUUUUAUUUGAAAGUAGGAACAUCUUCACUUCGACAAUUGGUGAAUCGGAGUUCACAGGCGAUCCCCAAGGUGUCAACAUUAUAGACGGCACUGCCAGAAUCAACGUUGUACCACCAAUGCAAUUACCACGACGGGACCAUUGCAAUGUUAUGAUCAAGUUCUUUGAGAAUAAUAUCAAUCAAACAUGGUAUAUUUUCGACAUGAAGGAUUUCAAAUUGAAUAUUGUUGAUUAUAUUUAUGAAAACCCCAUACGCGCACCAGUGGAGAAACUAUCUUUACUUCAUCUCGUGUUCUCCCUUGGGUUGCUCUUUGCAGAAAAGGCCAAUAGUUAUCUUGUGGAAGAAAUGAAACCGGCCGGUGUCACAUCCACAGAUUUCUUUGAAAGUGGAUUUAAUCUCAUGCGGAAUAUCAUCGAUGAUGGGAAACUAUGGCUCAGUCAAGCUUAUUUCUUGGUAUAUUUUUACUAUCAAUCCACGUCAAAGCGAAGUACAUCAUUCCUUAUGUUGAGCACGGCGAUAAGAAACGCCCAGACUUUAGGACUUCAUAGAAAAUUCAUUAAUGAAUCAUUCCGGGAUCAGAAUUAUGUGACACACCGUCGAAAAUUAUGGAAGUCGUUGUAUAUAUGUGAUAGAAUCUCAUCAAUUCUUCUUGGUCGACCAUUACUUAUCAGUGAUUACGACUGGGAUGAUACUGGGGAUGAUGAUGACACCGUAUAUGCGCCUGAUGGAAUGACACUUGAUAUUCAAUACACUUCUCUUAACUACAAUGCCAGGAUUGCUAUUAUUCUUGGCAAGAUUAUCCAAAACUUUUAUAUUGAUGGGAUUGUGGAUUUGCUUCGGGCCGAACGGAUAGCUAUCGAUUUGAAAACGUGGUCAAUAAACCUUCCUAGUGCUAUCCAGAUUGACAAGAUCUUAGAUGUGGAAGGUAGCACUGCUACUACUUCACCAGUGGAUAAUCCGUUGCAUAAAGUUAAACUGGACAAUUAUGGAUUGUUAUUGAUUCACAUGUCACAAUUAUAUGGGAUUAUUCUAUUGAGUAAACCAUUUUUCAUGUAUUUGUUAUUCAAGAGAAACAAAAACGAAUCACCCAACAAGCGAAGUAAACAAGAGGCAAUAAUGAGUAAUUUUUGUGCUGCCAGCAUUAAAUCUUCCGUGCUUAUGAUUCAAUUAAUACAUUUCUUCAAAGAACACAAUCCCCAUAGAAUGGAACUGUAUGUGUUGGUGAAUUGCUGUUUUAUGGCAUCGCUUAUCUUGGGAUUGACGAUCUUAUAUCGACAAACAAAUGUCUAUGAACCGGACGAGUUUACCAUUGAUAUACUUGCUGAGAAAUUGAUGGUUGCCAAGUCGAUCUUGUUAUUUUACAGUGAAGUGAGUGCCACGGCAGCUCGAUUUCAUACUAUUGUCACCAAAAUGUAUCGGGCAUUAGAGAAUGCGUUCAAGAAAUCACAUCCAUUCCCACAAGCAUUGCCACAACACCUAACAUUUGAUUCUCCAGAAUCCGUGACUUCACAACCACAAUUCCCAAUUAAAACACCAGCUGUUAUUCAAUCGCAAUUACAGCUGCCUUCUAGCUUCCCACAUACGUUUGAGAUUGCCACGUCGACUGAAUUGGAGCAUUUGAUGAAUUUCCAACAGUUUUUUGUGCCAAGUGUGUCUAAUUCUGUGAUCACUACAAACACGGAAAAGAGGAAUGAGCUUGAUGCGUUUAUGUAUAAUAUUGGGAUUAACGAUUUAUUAUUUGAGGGUGCAAAAGAAUAGGUGUAUAAACUGUAUAAAUCUAAAUAAACUCUACGAUUUCCUUCAAGACGCUUUCGUCAUCUUCGAUAACCAACCAGUGUCCCACAUCAAGAGGGACAGCCUUGACGUCAGGAAUACCAUUGGCAAUGACUUCAACACAGCCAGUAUAUGGAGCAGUGUUGUCUUGAGUUCCAUAGAGGACCAAAGUAGGCAGUUUGACUUUAGAGUAGUCCAAGUCAUAACUGGCACCACUGGCGAUCGCAUGACAGUUGGCAAUGUAGCCAUCAACAGUGUUUCCUUGGAUCAAUUGUCUAAUAAAUGCUUUCUUCAAAUCGCUGCACUUGUCACCGGUGGCUGCUUCCGGAAUAGUAUUUGAGAAUGGAAUAAGUGAUUGUGAUUCCUUCAAGGAUGUGAUUCUAUCAAGGAAGAUCUGGGUUAAUUUUGGAGUAGGGUGUACUGGUCCAAUAAGUACUGACUUGUAGAUUGGUAAAUUACUAUGGAUGUUGAUAUAAUUAACGAGCAUCCCACUCAUGGAAUGGCCAAUCAAGAUGAUUUUCUUGGUUUGCAAGGAAAGUUCAUGGAGGGUAUCACUGACAUUUUGGGCCAAGUCAGCCAAUGUUAAGUCAUUCUUGGUUAGUUUUGAUUUGUUGGCACCUUCGUGGUCUAAUAACAAUACGGUAUGGUCUUGCGAUAAUGGUUUUGCCAAGGGCCAGUAGAAGUUUUGCGAGGAUCCAAGUCCAUGGAGGAAGACAACCACGGUGGAUUUGCCUGGAUUGAGAAGGGUAUAGAACUGAUUGGUCUUGGUGAAUGCACUGAUCAUGUUUGCUGACAAAGGAGAACAGGAAUGCAGUAGUAGUAGCUUGUGUUUAGAAUGUUUCAAAGAUAAAU